AUGGGGUUUCAUCUCCCACUCAUCUUUGCUAUUCUCAGUCUAGCAGCGGUCGCACUGGCAAACCAUGCUGCUCAACCAGCACCUCAACUUUACUGGAACUCCGUCCUGCCAAACACACAGAUGCCAAGAUCUAUCAGUGAACUUCUGCAUCCUGACUCCACAAGUGAAGAAAAGAGCACAUAUAUCGUGAAUGCUGUUGGGAAUGGAAAGGGCAAACCUGAAAUUUUCCCAUUGAUGAGCAAUAGAAAUUACAUUCAAAGCCAUUAUGGAGUGUUAAAUAGAAAUUAUAUUCAAAGCCAUUAUAGAAAAUGUCCUCCUCCAUCUGACGAGGGCAAACCUGAAAAUAUCCCAUUGGCACGUUCAGGUUACAGUCGAAAAAGGUAUGGAGGAGGUCCUCCUCCAUCUGAACGAAAAAGGUGUGCACGAGGUCCUCCUCCAUCUGACAAGCAACUACUCCAUUAUAAAGAGUUAGCUAUUUUCUUCUUUGAGAAGGACAUGCGCCCUGGCGCAACAAUGAAGUUCCAAUUCCCUAGAAAUUCAAACACGGCUACUUUCCUGCCACGCAAAAGUGCUCAAUCUAUCCCCUUCUCCUCUAACAAACUACCAGAAAUUUUCAACCAUUUUUCAGUGAAGCCAACAUCUGUGGAAGCCCAAACAAUUAAGCAAACAAUCGAAGAGUGUGAAGCUCUAGGCAUUAAGGGAGAGGAAAAAUAUUGCGCCACAUCUUUAGAAUCAAUGAUUGAUUUUAGCACUUCGAAGCUUGGAACAAGAAACGUUGAAGCAAUCUCGACGGAAGUAUUGGAAAGUGGAGCCACCAUGUCCAUGCACAACUAUACAACAAUGCCGGGACUGAAGAAGUUGGAAGGUGACAAAGUCGUUGUGUGUCAUAAGGAGAACUAUCCCUAUGCUGUGUUUCUCUGCCAUGCAAUAAAACAAACAGCAGCUUAUGUUCUCUCCCUGAAAGGCGAUGAUGGGGAGAAGGUUAAAGCAGUAACCAUCUGCCAUCUAGACACAUCAGAAUGGAACCCAGAGCAUUUGUCCUUCCAAAUCCUCAACGUUAAGCCCGGAACCGUUCCCAUCUGCCAUUUCAUUUCCACUGAUGCUAUUGCCUGGGUUCCAAAACACAAAUCUGCAUGA